AGGAAGAGGAGUGAAAGGUUGCUUGUUUUGAUUAGAGUUUCUGGAGAAGCUACGAUGGCUCAGACAUCGCCUCAGAAAGUGGUAUCAGUGUACCUCUACAUCCCCAAUAUUAUAGAAUUGCAGGUGCACAGAAAUGAGAUUAUAAACGUUCCACAAGUUAAGGGGCUUUAGUUUGUUGGUUACAACAAUGUGCAGGAUAUUAUUAAGAAUGCAUUCACUUUCACAUUUUGAGGCUUCUCAACUUAAUUUGCAGAAUCAAGGAUGAAACUUGCCUUGGGCUCCUCUAGCUGGCUCAGGAAGAGGUCAGAUGGUCCUAAGGUCAAGCCAUUAGAUGAUCGUCUACAUAUCUGGUGUCAAUGAUAAUCCUUUUUCACCAUAUCCAAGCUAUAUGAGAGUCCUAAUGAAUUGUGUGGCAUUUGCUCUUUGCUUUUCCAACAAAACACUUUUUGCUAUACUUUACUUCUUCAGCUUUUUCUGUGAUGGACUGGAUGGUUGGUUUGCACGAAAAUUCAAUCAAGUGUCAACCUUUGGAGCUGUUUUGGACAUGAUAACAGACAGAGUAAGCACUGCUUGUUUAUUGGCACUCCUGUCCCAGUUAUACAGGCCAGGCUUGAUUUUCUUGUCAUUGCUUGGAUUGGAUAUUGCAAGCCACUGGUUGCAAAUGUAUAGUUCUUUCUUAUCAGGCAAGACUAGUCACAAGGAUGUAAAGGACAAGAGUAAUUGGCUUUUGAAGGCAUACUAUGGGCAGCGAUUAUUCAUGGCCUUUUGUUGUUCGGGAUCUGAGGUUCUUUACAUCAUUCUCUUCCUUCUUGCUGGUAACCAAUCUGAAAGUGUGCUUGAUGUUUGCUUGAAUGCUAUGAAACAGAGUUCACUUCUUUCACUGAUAUUAUGUUUAACUCUGAUUGGAUGGGGAAUUAAGCAAGUGGUUAACAUUAUACAGAUGAAGACAGCUGCAGAUUCCUGUGUCUUUUAUGAUAUGAAAAGAAGCAGGUGACCGGGAACCUCCACAAAUGACUACUAUUUGUCCCCCACUCAAUGGUUUAGUUUUGAAGCCUUGGUGAAUUCCUGCAUAUGCUUGUAUUCUCAUGUUGAAGAAGCUUGUGCCUAAUGUUUCAAAUACUGUAUAUUUUCUGUCCCAAAGACUGAAGGCAAACACUUUGAUGUUUUAGUUCUUAAUCUAUUCUCUGCUGUAGAGCUACUUCAACAACUAAUGAAUCGGCAUGCUUCCGAGCUGUGGCACACAA